ACCUGACCGCUGAGGGUGCAGGUCCCAGAAGCUUGAUAAACCGAGUUGCGGCGAUUUGGCGAGCAGAAACCCAUCCUGUAGCUCACUUCUGAAGGAGGAGGUCUGGAGACUCCAAAGAGCAAAAGGGGCAUUGUGACAGGGACUCACAGCGUCCGGCAGCAGGAAGGAACAGACGUGGGAUCCGAAGGCAGGAAACUGGACUUGGUUCAAGGAAGAAAUAAGUUCGGGACCCAGAGGGAACAGACAUGAGUUGUUUCCAAACUUCAGCGAGUGGUUCCUGGAUUUAUCCGACUGUGAUUCUCUGCCUGUUUGGAUUUUUCUCCAUGAUGAGACCCUCAGAACCCUUCCUUAUGCCGUAUUUAUCUGGACCGGAUAAAAACCUGACCACUGAACAGAUCACAAAUGAGAUCUUCCCUGUGUGGACAUACUCUUACCUGGCGCUGCUUUUCCCAGUGUUUGUGCUGACCGAUUACGUCCGCUACAAGCCAGUCAUCCUCUUCCAAGGGAUGAGCUACAUCAUUACCUGGCUGCUGCUCUUGUUUGGCCAAGGAGUGAAGGUCAUGCAGGUGCUGGAAUUCUGCUAUGGGAUGGUCACUGCCACGGAGGUGGCCUACUAUGCCUACAUAUACAGCGUGGUCAGCCCAGAGCACUACCAGAAAGUGAGCGGCUACUGCAGGAGUGUCACCCUGGUGGCCUACACACUGGCCUCGGUGCUGGCCCAGCUCUUGGUGUCCCUGGCCAGCCUGUCGUACUUUUACCUCAACGUCAUCUCCUUGGUCUCCGUCUCCACGGCCUUCCUUUUCUCCCUUUUCCUACCAAUGCCUAAGAAGAGCCUGUUCUUUCACGCGAAACCCAGCACAGAAGCACCUCCAAAGCCAUCACAAAAGGAUGCUGCCUUAGGGGAACCUCAUAAGGAUCACAACCCAGUCUGCCAAGAACAAGUCACUGUUUCAGAGACCCCAUACAUUGUCCAGUCGAGGGACCCCAAACCAGGAAAUGUGGCUUUGAGAGUUUUUGUGCAGUGGUUACGAGAUCUGAAGGAGUGUUACUCCUCAAAGCAUCUUUUUUACUGGUCCCUAUGGUGGGCUUUAUCCACCGCAGGUUAUAAUCAGAUUUUGAAUUACGUUCAAGUCCUGUGGGAUAACAAGGCACCGUCCCAGAGUUCUGCAGUAUAUAAUGGAGCAGUGGAAGCUGUUGCAACCUUUGGAGGGGCCGUGGCUGCCUUUGCAGUGGGGUAUGUGAAAGUCAACUGGGAUCUUCUGGGAGAGUUGGCUCUGGCCAUCUUCUCCGUGGUCAGUGCAGGCUCUCUGUUUCUCAUGCAUUACACAACCAGCAUCUGGGCAUGCUAUGCCGGCUAUUUGAUAUUCAAGACCGUCUAUAUGCUACUGAUCACCAUAGCAGUAUUUCAGAUCGCGGUCAAUCUGAGUGUGGAACGCUAUGCCCUGGUGUUUGGAAUCAACACCUUCAUUGCCCUGGUGAUUCAGACCGUUAUAACCGUGAUCGUAGUAGAUCGGAGGGGGCUGGAGCUGCCAGUCAGCACUCAGUUUUUAGUGUAUGGCAGUUAUUUUGCAGUCAUUGCAGGCAUUUUCCUAAUUCGAAGCAUGUACAUUCUCUACUCAACCAACUGUGGUAAGAAAGUGCAAAGCCCUGCUAGAAGUCAGAAUCCAUAUGGGCCUCACCCAGAGGAGCCAAAGAAUGUCUGAUGAACCUCCGUCAACCUCUACAGCCUCCGAGCAAGGACUGUGCUGGUCAUAGAAUCACCGAGUGCCAUAAAUUGACCCACUUAACAAAUGUGAAUUCCAAUGAACCUUUUCAAAACCAAGAAAGCGCAGCUUCAGACCAGAUGUCUGUGUGCCCAGCUGAACUGAAUGCACUUGUCCAGGUCCAUCAUCUCAGUUAAACAACCCACGUUGGGGAACCCUAGUGAAUAGCAAUGCCUGGAAAAUUCUGGUUUUGAUUGCUGGCAAGGAUGUGCAAAGGGCAUGAAAACAAACAUGAGAGAACUCUAGCCAUCCUAGAGUUGAUGUUCCCCAUUUGUGACCAGAAAUGUGAACAGAGGUGACCCUAUCGCUUGGCUUAGAUGGUUUGUUUUAUUUCACCGAAGCAGGCAACACAAUGGGAAUUUUUUUAUGUCGCCUGAGCCAUUGUCCUUCUUCUGUAAAGUAUUUUUCUUUAAAACCUAUAGGACUUGGUCCUAUUUCUAAGGACUCCUUUUCUCUCCUGAUAACAUAGUAUUAUUCCCAAGCUACUAUUUUGAUAAUAUCACCAUUGAAUUUUUUCAUGAUUACUUUUCACUUUGUGCUCUGCUGAGCUUUGCUGUUGAAACUCUACCUCAGGACUAGUUCCAGACAUUCCGCUUGGGCCAAAGAAUGACGUUCAUGUCAAUUCUGAGCAGCCCCAGGAGAGUCGUUGAGCUUUCUCCUAUCGUGACUCUAGACAGGUGUUUUAGUGUCAUGUAGGAUUGACGUCUGUCUAAAACAGGAGAACGUAAGUAUAAGUUUUCAGGGAUUUCUGGAAGUAUUUGUAAAUAAGAAAACACUGAUUGUGGAACAAAACAUGUAAUUUUUAAAUGGCAGCGACUGUUCUAAAUAAAAUAA